CAGCAAAAAAUCACCUUAGCUCACUAAGAUUUGCUGCUUUAGACUCGCUCCUGCUUUCUCUUGUCUGCUCCAACAUCAAACCAUUCUAUCUUAAGAAACCCAUUUGAAAUUUCAAGUCUCGUUCUGGCUAUUUCCAUGUUCACAGCUUACUAUACUUCACCAAUUAAAGGGUCUCCUAAACUUCUUCAAUUUUCAACUCUGCUGCAGAGUAAGAAACUAUUGGUUUUAGAUACAAGUGCAUUUCCAGAGUAGAAAUGAUGCUCUCGAGCAUGAGAUAGAUACCAAGCACCAUUGUCUUCAGUCAAUUCUUAUAAACAAUACAAAAUGGAGAAUGAGUGGAACUGGGAGCAGAACACACUCAUCAAUGAGCUAAUUCAGGGGAUGGAGGUGGCAAGGAAGUUGAAGGCAGACUUGAGGGAACCGUAUUCGGUUGAAACUAGAGAUUUGCUGGUGCAGAGGAUAUUAUCUUCUUAUGAAAAGGCUCUGCUUAUUUUAAGAUACAAUGCAUCAACUUCCAAGUUGCAGUCUAUGAAUCAAGCAACAGCAACUUUGUUACCAGAGUCCCCAAUAUCUGUCAAUGAAAGUCCUCAGAGGGAAGAUGUUGAUGGGGUAAAAGAAAUGAAGGAUCACCAGGAAAUUAAACACGAUUCAAAGAAAAGAAAGAUAAUGCCCAAAUGGAUGGACCAAGUAAGAGUCAGCUGUGAGAGUGGUCUUGAAGGAUCGCAUGAAGAUGGCUACAACUGGAGAAAAUAUGGUCAAAAAGACAUCCUCGGUGCCAAAUAUCCCAGAAGUUACUACAGGUGCACCUUCCGCAACACUCAGGGCUGUUGGGCCACAAAGCAAGUACAGAGAUCAGAUGAAGAUCCCACCAUCUUUGACAUAACUUACAGAGGAAAGCAUACCUGUUCUCAGGGAAACAAUGCCAUUCUGGCACCUGAGUCACCAGACAAACAAGAGAAAGCACAAAGUUAUAAUACUGAUAUUCACAAUGCACAUCCAUCACAAGAAAACCUUACAAGGUUCAGAAACAUCUUGGCUGUCGACACGAAUAAACAGGAAAAUGGAGAAAUGGCAUAUCCUUUUACUUUCCCUUCAGCUUCAUUUGGAUGCAUGACACAAGACAACCACAGCUUGAUUCCUUCGGCCCUAGAGAACGAGUCCUUCUUGAGCAGCCUAUACCAAACACACCUGUUAGCUCCAACAACACCAGAAUCAAACUAUUUCCCAUCUCCAACUUUCCAGAUGAAUGAGUUUGAUGGGAUCUAUAACAAGCCACAUUUGGAAUCAGAUAUCAACGAGAUCAUUUCCACCAACACAUCAGCAACCAAUUCUCCGAUUCCCGAUUUCAAUUUCUCACUUGAUCCAGCGGAAAUUGAUCCGAAUUUCCCCUUUAAUACCCCAGGAUUUUUCUGCUGAUUGGACAACUUCAGAUAGCAGUAGAAUUGUGGAAUAAUAAAUCAGCAAUGGUAGCACUUAUAAUGUCUUUGUAGUUAAUAUUAGAAUUACAAUUUUGGCACUGUUUAACAGUAUCUACUUUCAGCAAUGGUGCGCCAAAUUUGUAUCGGCACAUCCUACAAGCCACCCCUUUAGUAGAAGAGCACAGCAGUCACAAAGAGUAACUAACAAAUUCAAAUUAAGUUAGAAGAUUACAUCAAC